AUGCCUCUAAUUGUAAAGGAUUUUGUUUGGAAACAAACUGAGGAGUUAUUAACUAUAAGAGUUCCUCUUAAAGGAGUCUCCUCUUCUUCCGUAGAUAUUUUUACCUCAGAUAAUUAUGUUAAAGCAAGCUAUUCUCCUUUUCUUUUUGAAGUUUUUUUAUUUUCUAACAUUAAUGAAAAAACCAGUAAAUGUACAAUAUCGGACAAUGAAAUAAUAUUUGAACUGUAUAAAAUAAUACCCAAAAUGUGGGAAAAUUUAACUGCUGACAUAAGCAAACUUGAAAUGUUACAAAAAAGAAAAGAAAUAAUUGAAAAAAGUCAUGUAAAAACAGAAGAAGAUAGAAAAUUAAAAAAAGAAAAACUGUCUGCUCUGCAAAGAUUAUCUGUACAACAGCAAAUAGAUCAAGAUUCUAAAAUGAGACAAGUGAUAGAUGACAAAAGAAAUGCAGCAAGAGCAAAAGCAAUGAAUGAAUUAGAUGAUUGGGUAAUAAAUAAUAAAAUAGAAGAAAUAAACAAACCUUGCAAAGGACCAUUAGAUUUAGACAAAGUAAUUUUUAAUGAAACAGAUGCAGGAGUUGAAAUUGAUGUUGAAGAUGAUUCAAUCCAAAAAAAAGUUGUCGAACCUAUAAAGAAUGAAAUGAAAAGUACAAAUUUGAAAUCUAAAUCGAUUGAUGUUUUCCCAAUGCCCCUACCGAGAAAUCCUGGUACAAUAACGAUUAACUUUACUCAUAGAGAUUUUCCAACACCUAGCAGAGAAUCUCAGGCACCACAAGAAGAGGAAUGGUUAAAAAAACAAGUUGAAGCGAGACGAGCAACUGGGUUCGUUGCCGAAGAUCUUAGACCUGAGGAAUGUAAUCCGACUUGGUUAAAAGAUAAGGGAGACUCUUUUUACAAAGUUGGAAAUUAUUUGGGAGCAGUUAGCGCUUAUUCUCACGCCAUAAAAUUAGGAUCGAAAAUGUCUAGUUUGUAUGCUAACCGGGGUGCCGCUCAUUUAGGUUUGGGUAAUUUACACAAAGCUUUAGAUGAUUGUUCACAGGCUUUGGAUUUAAUGACUCCUCACGUUCCUGCAAAUUUAGAAGCAAGAGCUAAAUGUCACGCUCGAAGAGGAGCCAUACUUUGCCGGUUAGGUUUGCCGGAACCUGGUGUUGCUGAUUUUCAAGCUGCCGUUGGACUCAUGCCGAACGAUAUAAAAUUACAACAAGAUUUAGAACAUGCAAAAUCUUUAACAAAAAAUAAAUCAACCGAUGAUUGA